AUGCGCCUAAUCAGGGUGGUCUUUGCUCUCAUAAUCAUCAACAAGGCCGGUGGGCUUAUCUACAACCGAACCUUCCAUGAUGAUGGUUUAAACAAGCUGUCGACCAACGACUAUCUCGUCCUUGCCGGUACCUUUCACGGUAUCCACGCCAUCACAGCCCGCCUGAACCCGAUCAAAGCACCACCAGCCGCGCCGGGGAACCGGCCGGACCCGCCAUCGGGGCUCGAGGUCCUGGAGACGGAGAACUUUAGGGCGCAGUGCUUCAACACCCUGACGGGCAUAAAGUUCCUUCUCUUCACCGACACGACUCAGGCCAACGUCGACAUCACAAUCCGUCGCAUCUACGACCUGUACACCGACUACGUCAUGAAGAACCCCUUUUACCAGCUCGAGAUGCCCGUCCGCUGCGACAUGUUUGACCGCAAGCUCAACUCGUACGUCCGCGAGAUCAACAACAGGUAG